ACUGGUGGUGGAGCGAGUGGGUAGGUGCACGGACAAGAUGGGACGAGGACGUGAGGCGGGAUGAGAUGGCAACGUCCCAACUUCUCCCGGCCCGCGCCGCGCAGAAAGGUCGUGCAGCAUGAUUGUGGUGGCAUGUCACUGGCACGCACGCACCCGCUGGCCCAGAAAGCUACUAGCGUGCCCACACAAGUUCAUGCAUGUCCGUGGCAGCAAGCAGGAGUAUAGACAUGUAGCGUUGCACUUGCACUGCCCUCCCAGCUGGUUUGGUUUGGUUUCGUUUUGGUUUUGGUUGGGUUUUCACAGGCACCGCGCGCGCGCCGGCGAUCGAGAUGGCCGACUGGGGCCCCGUGGUGGUGGCGGUGGUGCUGUUCGUGCUGCUGUCGCCGGGCCUGCUGCUGCAGCUGCCGGCCAAGGGCGGGCGCUUCGUGGAGUUCGGCAACUUCCAGACCAGCGGCGCCUCCAUCUUCGUCCACGCCAUCAUCUUCUUCGCCCUCGCCGCCGUCUUCCUCAUCGCAAUCGGGGUGCACAUCACCACGGACUAGCCGUCUAGCCCCAUAGCCGGGACCGGGAUCUUUCUUCGUUACAGUCUGCCUGUAUAUACAUAUAUACAUACAUGCUCAGUACGUACGCUUUACCACUCUGUCAGUGAGUAUCUCUUUGUAUCAGCACCCCUGCUGUGUGCGUACCUAGCAAGUGUUUAUAUGGGCUCUGGUCUGGGCUGUUAUCAUUCAGCGGCGCAGCAAGAAACCCGAUCGUUUGCUUCCAGUUCCA